AUGGCUGCCACCGAGUACUACAACAACAGCUACUCGCAGAAGCCUCAUCCGGCGAUACCUCACGAUAACGAUCCUCACGGCGGCUCAUGGGGCCAGCAGCCACCUUCUUCCCCUCUGACUGGAGAGUACUCUCGCACUUACGACAACAGCAACAAGUACGGCCAUUAUGCACCAGGCACGGAUAACGACCUGGCGGACAGCCGAAUGGGCCACCACAACGAUUAUUACUCCGAAGACAUCCCACUGAAGGCGAAUGCAGCACCGCAGAGCAAACCAGACUGGGCAGAUGACACGCGUUAUUCACCUACUUCCCACCACGAUCCGCAGACUGAACCUUUGAACCUCAACGAUCCUAUUAGGCGCCCGUCUCGGAGGAGGAGGAAGGGCUAUUUUGCAAAGAAGAUUCCCUGGGUCACGUAUAUAACCUCGCUGGUGCAGGUUGUCGUGUUUAUCAUCGAGAUUGUUAGAAAUGCCCAGUUAACCGGGUCCCCCAUCAUGACCAAACCUUCCUUCAACCCUAUGAUCGGUCCCUCGCCCUACGUCCAGAUAUACCUAGGAGCCAGAUUUGUUCCCUGCAUGCGUAACGUAGACCAACUUCAAAACAACCCGCAAAAUGUCCUCUUCCCUUGCCCAGACUCGACCACAGAGGACCCCAAAUGCACACUCUCCCAGCUAUGCGGAUUCAACGGAGUCCCCAACCCGAAACCAAACGGAAGUCUUGACGACAAGCCAGAGCCAAACCAGUGGUUCCGAUUUAUCCUGCCCAUGUUCCUCCACGCCGGCCUGGUGCAUAUCGGCUUCAACCUCUUCGCUCAGCUGACUAUUGGCGCCGACAUGGAAAGGACUAUUGGCUGGUGGAGAUAUGCCAUCGUCUAUUUUUCCAGCGGUAUAUUCGGGUUCGUUCUCGGCGGUAACUUUGCAGCUCCUGCCAUUUCAUCGACGGGUGCAUCUGGUUGCCUCUUUGGCAUCUUCGCUCUCUGCGUCCUUGACCUCUUCUAUACCUGGGGGAAGAAGCAGAGGCCUUGGGUUGACCUCAUGUUUAUGAUACUCACUGUGGCCAUCUCAUUCGUCCUAGGCCUGCUUCCUGGCUUGGACAACUUCUCUCACAUUGGUGGCUUCCUCACUGGUUUGGUGCUUGGAAUAUGUAUUUUGCGCUCGCCCGAUGCCCUGCGAGAACGUAUCGGGGUUAAAACUCCCUACGUAUCCAUGAGUGGUAACAUCGGCGUUGAUAACGACCCGAAGAAGUUCCGCAAGCAGCCAGUCAGCUUCUUCCAGGGCCGUAAGGCGCUCUGGUGGGCAUGGUGGCUGCUUAGAGCCGGUGCUUUGAUCGGCAUCCUAGCUUCAUUUAUUGUCCUUCUCAAUAACUUCUACAAGUACCGCACUACGUGUUCGUGGUGCAAGUACUUGUCAUGCUUGCCGAUCAAUAACUGGUGCGAAAUCGGCAACUUCAAGACGGCGCCUAUCACGAAGAACACUCGCACUUUCCCAUUCUAG